ACUGUACCUUUCAAAGCUUUUCCAGCUCAGAAUUUUCACUCCAAGCUGAAUUGUCACAUUCCAGGGCAGCUAACUUAACGCCGAUCUCGGAAAAUUUUCUAAAUUUGCUCGGCCGGCCGUACAAAUUUUUUCAUAUUUACAGCUUUCAACCAUAAAGUCUCAGUAUUUUAUUAUAGAUUUAUGUUAAAGAAUCGUUUAGGUAAAGGUAAAAAGUAAAAAUUGUAAGAAACAGCCUUGAUAUUCGCUGAAAAUGGCUGGAAUUUUGAUUGCUAUUAUGCUGUAAAGAUUAUUUGCGACGUCUGGAGUAGUGUCCAUUGCAUAUACUUGUGUGCGGCGUGAAGAAACGGAAAAGGUGUUCGAUAAAACGACAUACGGGGAAAUCAAGAAAAAAGCAGAGAAAGCGAGUAGGCGAAUAUUGUUACGAGUAUUGAAAACUCUAGAUUGGAUAAACGGAAAAUCGUUAUUGCAGUUAGCUUUUGAUAACUUGCAUAAAACUUUGCUGAAAACGAAGUGGAAAUCAAAGAAUUGUCAAUAUCUAGUAUUUUCAAUUAUUAAUAAAUUUUACACAUGCACCGAUAUGCAAACUGCGGGUGGAAGUAAUAAAAUUAUCACAUGAUUGUUGAUGGUCCAAAAUUAAAUUGAACAUAUAGAAUAGUGCAAAUUAUACGUCUAUGUGAAAAACAUUAAUCGUAGUAAAUGUGUGUGCGUGGACAAAUAAUCGAACCCGAAGCAGUAGCGAAAAAAUCGAUUUGGUACAAAUAAAAAAAAAAUACAUAUUUGGCUAUGCAGGCAGUAAUUGUACACAAAUUAUAAGAACGAUUAAAAAAUUAUAGUCCCACUCCUACCAGAGGAGCAGCAUCAUCAUAAAAAGAUGCAGCAAUAACGUGAAAGUUUGGUUAAUUCGUGUAACAUACGUACAGUCGGUAGACCUGCUCCAAAUCUACGGUCAAGUGUCGACCCCAUGCGCUAAUAAGAAAAGCAGAACUGCCAGCUGAAACUGGACAUCUGACGACUACAGCAACAGUAGCAAAUGCAUUCCCAACAGGCUAUGUGUUCAAAAAAUGCCCAGAAAUGCUGCAAAAAAAUUAAAUAACGACGAGGUGUGUCUUCCAAUACAAACAGUUAAAAUCGUAACAGAAACAAUAAAUCUUUUAAGCCCAGAGACCGAUAUACAACAAACUAAUACACCAAUAGGAAACACUAUAACACAACUACAACAACCACAACAAACGCAAGAACAUUCAACCGAACAAACACAAUCACAACAAAAGCAACAACAAGGGGAAGUGAAAAACAGACGACAACGUAAAAAACGACGAGGCAGACAGAGAUCCAAGAAACGCAUUACUAAUAAGAGCAGCGCUGGUUCAGAAAGUGCCAAACCUACAGUCGAAAUAAGUGACGAAACUGCAAACAAAACACCUACCAAUACCCGAAAGUACGCGUCUAGAAAACGCUAUUCCCCACCAUAUUUUCCCACACUUUAUCCCAUUGUCAUUGAAACUUGCCCGGAAGCGGAAUUACAGAGUGUUAGCGCAAGCAGUAAAUCGGGUAUCACAGCAGCAGGUGGCACAAGCGCCGUUGUAGCGGUCAAAGCGCUCGGUGAACCUCAGAUACCACGCCCACCAGUUGGCGCCGGUGGUAGACGUCAACUGCGUAGACGCCGAAGCGUCACAAAUUUCACCAAACGCAAGAAUAGAGCUAAAGCUAAAGCGGCUGCAGCAGCAGCAGCGAUCGCGACAUCCUCCACGGUCAAAGUUUACGUUAAGAGCAAGGAAACUGUCGAGCGCCUAGCGACCUUACGUAAUCGCAAGAAAUUAGAGGAGCGCGUCAAGGAGAAAAAAAAGCCAUACGCUUUCGAAGGAAAUAGUAGCGACCUGCUGGUGAAAAGACACACAGCUUGGUUCCAUUUAGAUGAAGCGUUGCUGAACAAAAUCGAACCGCUAGAAGUCGAGGUAAAAAAAGGUGGUAGCAAGCGCAAACGCGAUAGCAGUGUUGCAGCAGCACGCAAGCGCAACAGCAACACACACAAACUCACACCGCCACCGGCGUUACGCUUAUCGCCGGCAAGUUUCGAUUUUGCAGCGCUCCAUUGCAUUGGCGUCCCGCCAGCGGCUGAGAUUAUCGCCACACCCAACAUUGUUAUAGCACCGGCAGCUGAUAGUCCAGCUAGCGCCAAUCCACCGCCCGCAACAUCACCUGCUACAGUAUCUGCAGAGUUAACUGGCAGAACAACGCCAACGGACGUAACUGGUGCCAUAGCAACAGUUGCAACAACACCAGCUACAACAACAAGAACAACUUGCGUAACACCGGUUAGCAGCGGCAGCGUAAAGAAACGCCCACGCGGCAUAAUGUCGCUUUACGAACGCCGCUAUCAGACUGCAGACACGGAAGCGCGCACCGGCGCGGGCGUGGUCACUAACGGUUAUCUCAGUUCGACGCGCACCUCUUCCGCGUCAUCGAGCGCCGUACAUUCGGAUGCCGAUAAUACACAGGACAUCACACAACAAUACUAUAUGCCAGUGGCAUCAGCUUCCAAUAGUGGGCUUGCCGGCAGCACCAACAGUAGCGGCAGCACUGUAGUUGUCACAAACCAAUUAGGCAAUGGCAACACACUGAAUCAUGCGCCUUCCAUGGCGACGCUGUGCAACAUUGGCAAUACUUGCUACCUUAAUUCGGUGGUGUAUACAUUACGUUUCGCACCGCAAUUUCUACACAACCUUCAUCAUCUCAUAGUGGACUUGUCAAGCAUACAGCAGUGCAUUGCGCGUCAGCGUGCAGCCAAGUCAUCGUCAUUGGGACGCGGCAUUAGCGCGGUGCAAUUGGAAAAUACACGCAGUUUCAGCAGCAAAGACUUAGCAGCGCUCGAACAGAAUGCGCUCAUGAGUACGAGCGGCUGUGGCGGCGGCAUCGGGCAAAAGAGCAGUCACCAAAUGCUGACCGAGCGUUUGCAUGAGCUCUAUCAGUGCUUGCACCGCAAUGAGGUGGCUGAAUCGACGGAGCCCUUUCACGCCGAUACACUGUUACACGCUGUACAGGAUGUUAAUGCGAUUUUCGAGGGCAACCAGCAACAGGACGCGCAUGAGUUUCUGAUGUGUCUGCUCAAUAGCAUACGGGAGACUUGUCAGCUGUUGAUCAAAGCGAUCGGUGAAUAUCCUGAUCUAAUAAUGAAUGGCUACAUACGCAAUCCCGACGAGUUGGACGGCUAUGCUAGCGAACGGGACACACAAAGUGGCAUCACCAUCAACGCCAAUAGCAGUAAUGCGCUUGCUGGUGGUGUGUCCACUGCUACCAGCGCUACCAACUCAACGCUAUCUAGUCUCAGCGCAAGCAACAUAACGAAAGCGUCGUUCUUCUCGCGCAAAUCUAAGCGAAAAGACGAAUCGAAAAACUCCAAGAACACACGUCUGCAAUCACCACUGAAGGAUGGGCAAGGCUUUGCGGGCUUGCAGGCAACUGCAAAUAGUCUCUUCUACUUGAAUUCAGUUGAUCUUAGCGGCGCCGCGUCAACUAACACUACCGCGUUGGCUGCAGCGAAUGUCACAUCGGCGAACAGCGCCAGCGUUGUCAAUAACAUGGGCACUGAAUCCAGCAGUGAACUGUCAUCGCCGGUGAGCGCGUUGAAAGAUAAAGACCGUUUGGCUGAGAAGAUACGCGAAUUGGGUUUAGACUUCUUUAGCGAGGACUUCGAGGGUGUUACCGUGUCUACAACGAAGUGCUUGAGCUGUGAAACGGUGACGGAGCAGAAGGAGAGUAUGAUUGACAUCGCCGUACCGGUGCCUAUUUCCGGCUAUGAUUUAACCGACUACGCGGACAAACCCAGCGCGUUUAUACAGAAUUCCUGCGUGACCCGUGAGUUUUUCCGUGGCGACAAUAAAUAUCGUUGCGAACAGUGCACCGGCUACACCGAAGCAAUACGCUCCAUUUCAUAUGAAGUGCUGCCGCGUCUACUGGUCAUACAAUUGAGCCGUUUCUCCGGCGGCAUGGAGAAGAUAAACAGUUACAUACCCACAUCCUUUACAUUACAAUGCUUUUGCGCGAAAUGUUGCAAACUAAGCGACGCCAACAAGCUGCACAUCUACAAAUUGUACAGUGUGAUAACGCAUGUGGGCGCCACCAUGUCUGUAGGGCAUUACAUCGCCUACACUUGCUCACUCGACUGGGCCAAUGAGUAUGUGAAUUGCCCGAAGGAUCGACGCAACAUCAAUACUAAUAACAACACACAGCAAAUGGGUGCGCAGGCGAACGGUUUAUCGAACAAUAGUCUCUAUCCAUUGGCUGGUGCGGGCGGUUCGGCGGCAUCAGGUGGCGGCUCGACGCCCAACGAACGCAGCAGUCCCGGCAUACAAGCCGCCUCAGCGGCCAGCGCCGCCGCUUCUGUGCUCGCCUCGUCGGGGUCCAGCUUGAUGAAGAAGAUGAAGUUCGGUCGCAGCAAAGCUUCGAGCAGCGGUGAUAUGAGUAAGAAUAUGAAAAAUUUGAAUGGCAUCACCAGUAAAACGAUUACGAAUGGCAUUGGCAAGCUGAGUAUGAAUACGACAUGUCAUAGUUUGACGUGUUGCGCGACGCGCAUUUGUAGCGUGCAACAGCAGCAGCAAUUACAACAACAGCAGCAACAGUUGAGCGCCAGCAACAAUGAGUUAAGUGAAGAAACACUGCAGAAUGGCUCGAAUCACGCGUCUUCCACGAUGAGCAUCAGUGGCAGCAGCAACAUCGGCCUUGGUGGCAAUGGCAGCGGCAGCGCCACUGGUAGCGCCGGCAGCAGCACAACUAGCGGCUACAAUAGCUAUCCAGUCGGUUAUGGCAGCACUGGACGCGGCGGCACUAAGGCCAGCACGCUUGGCGGUUAUGCGUCCAGUUGUGGCAGUCUGUCGGCGGCGGGUAGCAGCAAUGGCGAGCCCAUCUGGUACAUGUGUGACGAUGAUAAAAUCAAAGCGAUGACACAACGUGAAUUCGAGGAAUUACUUUCGCCAGCGCGCAAAAUCACAGUGACGCCGUACCUGCUCUUCUAUGCGCGCUUCGAUUUGCAGACAUCGACACCGUCUAGCGCCAAAUCCAACUCGAAUGCAACGCAACCAUCCGCCUGGUCCAGUGAGAAUUUGACGCAGCAUCCAGGCACCACAGCCGCAGCAUUGCAUAAAAUGUGAGUAACGCUAAGUGAGUCGGCCCAACAGCAAAUGCAGCUACAACAGCUGGACCAGCUAAUGGAUGCGGUUGCAUUGGCGGCGCAUAUGCGCAAAUCGAGACAACAUAGUUGUGCCCGUCGGCGCUGCAACUGUGAACAGGUAAUUUAAUUGGCGGCUGCGAUGGCGCGGGAGAAUGACAAACGCGCAGCGGUGAAACGUUAUGAAGUGAAGCGUAGGAGGCGUCGUGUACAACCAAGCAGCGACCGCGCGGCGGACAUUUGUGGUUGUGUUGGUUGUGAACGAAAAGGUUGCGCAACGGCCGCGUCAUCGUCGGCGUGUACACCACAGCGUAUAUUCUGCACGCCUGCAACUUUUCCCAUUGUGAUUGUGCUAAUUUUAAUUGUAAUUAUUGUAACAAUUAUGCUUAUUUCUAUACCGUAUUAUUAUUAUCGGCGUUAUUUUAGUGAAAACACAUACUAACACAGACACACGCGCGCAUACAUUGCAGCUAGCAUUCAGUUUGUUAUGAUGAAUGCGCAAAUUAUGCUAAUUAAAUAAUAUUUUCGCAUUUCACAAUUUCACUCAGCAAUUAAAUAUUAUUAUUGUACGUGGUAUACUAAUGAUAAGUGAUAUAUUUUUUGUUAUAACCAUAGUUUUUAAUUACAUACUCUUCUGCGCUAUUUAAAUAGCAAAGCGAUUGAAUUUAAUUUCACAUUUGCAGCCAGACAAGCAGGCAUAUCUGUUUGCAGCGUUUACUUUUACGUUUAAGUAGCUCUAACCUGAGCGCGUAUGCAGCGUACAGCCGUCACUUUGCAUAGUUUUUUUUUCAUAUUUUACAUUUCCAUUUUCACUCAAAAACUCAUUGGUAUAUAACAUAUAUGCUCGUUCAACACACUAAUUCGCUUUGCUUACUUUGUACAAUCGGCUACUCAGGCCUAUUUAUCAAGGCUGCGAACAGCUGAACUAGUAAAUGUUAUUAAAAUUGCACACAAUUAGGCGUUGAACAGCUUGACAAAUUACAAUGAUACAUUUGUAUUUUUGUUAUUGUUGCGGCAGCAUGAAACAUUCUCCAGCUAGUUUUAGGGAGUGAUGCUGAGGCGAUAGCCCCAGGCGUGUAAAAAUCCGAUGCUAUUCCGUUUAUGUAGCGCUCACUGGCAUCGUUACGAAGUUGCUAGUGAAGUAUUUUUUAUAUUAUUAGUUGAUAAGAUUUUCAAUGCCGAUAUUUACCAAUAAUUUUUGUUUUCUUGCAAUUAGUCCAAUAGGAUAUUUAGUUUGUUUUUAAUCGCGCACUCUUAUGUUGUUAAACCAAUAUUUCAGAAUACAUACGAUGUUUGAAACCGACUUUUUUUGCAGUUCUAGUCUUACAGCUCUUACUCAGUGCGUUGUAGAAUAGAAAAAUUUUCUACUUUUCAUGUUUUACAAAAAAAAAAAUCGACUGCUUUUUAAAGCAUUUCGCAAGGUCGUUCACUGUAACUGGUGGCAGAGUGUUGAAAUUACACAAAAUCGCUUAACUAAAUUAUUUAAAGUAUUUCCAUAUGAAAAUAAAACUUUUUUAUUAAAGAAAAAGCAUUUUUUUGUUAAAAUAAAUGAAACAAGAAAACAAAAACAAAUUGACUGAUUCCUCCCAUUUAUACAUAUUCUUAUACGAACCUAAUGGCAAUGCAAGAAAUUAAAAUAAAAAUAAAAUAAACUUACCAACGUUAACCCAAUUGGCGCACUAAAAAUUAAGAUUCUAUGUUUACAAAAAAAAAAAAAUGCAAAAAAUCCUACUUAAAAAGCCUUAGGCUUGUUUGUAUUCUACAACUAAUCGAUAAGUUAUGUUAUAUAGAGCUGUUAAGAAAUAAGUGAGACAAAAAUAACAACAAAAAAUAUCUAAAAAAAAUGUUAAUUACUAAGCAAAUUACUAGAAUAAAGAAACAGCAUUAUUAACUAA